AGCAGUUUCCGUCCGGACCUUUUACACUGCUGGACAAACUACGCGCUCAUGAAUGAAGUGUCAUUGUUAACGAUGGAGGCUUAAAAACAAGGUACGGUUCGCGUAGUAGUCGCUUUUGGGUCCAUUUGACGUUAGUAAAAGCUUUCCAUUAACUAAGCUCGUAUCCCACUCAAGUUUGUGUGUGCCAAGCCAGGCUGACGGACCAAUAACGUUGCUGUUAGCCUGUUUAGCUAGGAGCGCUUUCGUUAUUUCUUAGUCUCCCCCGCCGCCUCUAAAAGAAAUCAGUAAAUAUGUUCGACUUCAUAAAUGAACUCCCCGUGGAGAAGCAGAUAUUUUAUGCUGUUUUGGGCUUUUCGUGGACGGUGUACAUAUGGGAGGCAUACCUUGCAAAUAGACAGCGAAGGACAUACAGGUCAACGACACGUGUGCCUCAAGAGCUCGAAAAGGUCAUCGAUUCAGAAACCUUUGAGAAGUCCCGACUAUAUCAACUGGACAAAAGCAACUUCAGUUUCUGGUCUGGUCUGUAUUCCGAGACGGAAGGAACGCUGAUCCUGGUCCUGGGUGGCAUUCCUCUUCUGUGGAGCAUUGCCGGCAAACAGACGAAACGUUUUGGACUCGGCCCCGAGUAUGAGAUCACGCAGUCCCUUGUGUUUCUCUCUCUUUCCACCCUGUUCACUACUUUGACUGGCCUUCCCUGGAGUUUGUACAACACGUUUGUCAUUGAGGAGAAGCACGGAUUCAACCAGCAGAGUUUGGUGUUCUUCAUCAAAGAUGCUGUGAAGAAGUUCGCCGUGACGCAGUGUAUCCUGCUCCCUGUAACCUUGUUGCUCCUCUACAUCAUUAAGAUUGGGGGAGACUACUUCUUCAUUUACGCCUGGCUCUUCACCCUGGGUGUUUCUUUGGCUCUCGUCACCAUCUACGCUGAUUACAUCGCACCUCUGUUUGACAAAUUCAUUCCUUUGCCAGAAGGGGAGCUGAAGACGGAGAUUGAGGCCAUGGCCAACAGUAUUAGUUUCCCUCUCACAAAGCUUUACGUGGUUGAAGGUUCCCAACGGUCUUCGCACAGCAACGCAUAUUUCUACGGCUUUUUCAAGAACAAACGGAUUGUGCUCUUCGACACGUUGCUGGAGGACUAUUCUCCGCUCAACAAGGGAGACAAGGCAAAGCCCGAGCCAAUAGAAACUGACGGCGAAGCGAAAGUCAAGCCAAAGCACAAAAAACAAGGCUGCAACAAUAAAGAGAUCCUUGCCGUUUUGGGUCACGAGCUGGGUCACUGGAAGCUCGGUCAUACCGUCAAAAACAUUGUCAUCAGUCAGACGAAUUCCUUCCUGGGUUUCGCUCUAUUUGCCGCUCUUAUUGGACGCAAGGAGUUGUUUGUUGCGUUUGGCUUCAAUGACAGCCAGCCCACUCUGAUUGGCUUGAUGAUCAUCUUCCAGUUCAUCUUUUCGCCAUAUAAUGAGGUUCUGUCCUUCUGCCUGACGGUCCUGAGCCGCAGGUUCGAGUUCCAGGCCGACGCGUUUGCGUGCAACAUGGGCAAAGCCCCUGAGCUCUACUCGUCCCUCAUCAAGCUGAACAAAGACAACCUGGGCUUCCCUGUUGCCGACUGGCUCUACUCCAUGUGGCACUACUCGCACCCGCCCCUCCUGGAGCGCCUCAGAGCGCUAGGCAACAUCAAGCAAGACUGACGGGGUCGUAAUGGGGGGCGGCGGCGAGCACCGCCUCCUCCCAAGGGCCUCCGGAGACCCAUCCUGGCCGUGUGACGCCUCCUCCAAAUCUUAUUUUAUCUUGUUUUAGUAAAUUCAUUUAAUGAUUGACUCUUUUAUUUUAAAUUGUACAAUAUUAUCAUAAAUCAACAUGAAUAACGGAAGGGCAGUGUUUGUCACUGCACAAAUCAUCUUUUGCAGAUUGGCUAAGUAGAAAUGAUUUGUGCACUGUGUGUACGGUCUUAAAAUGGAAACAGACCCAUGUCGGGUGUCAUCCCUAAGUGGGCUAUGUGUAGUUUGAUAGCAAGUUAACAUAAAAGUCAAAUGUGACAAAGGAUGUGCGACAUAGCUUCACAGACACAGGCCACAAAAUUCAAGUUGUUGCUUCCAUUGCCAUUAUUUCUUUACCCAAUCAUGAAUCUUACGUUCCCAGUUUAAAAAGUAGGUCAUUGUGUAUGAUCUCGUAAUGUGCCUCCAAAUUCUUUGUUCUGAUACUUGACCCUGUUAGAGAGACAGCAGUGCUGAUGUUUUUCUUUGCAUCUGAAUUUGACUUGUGAGUUUUAAUUUUCUUUGGGGAAGGGAAUAGAUCUUCUCAUGCACCUGUUUGCUGACUGGGGUCCAAUGUACCUGUUACUGUUGAUAAGUGGAUUUUGAUAUUAAGUUUAACUUUGUUCUCUUGAUUUUGGGGAUCUUGAAUGAACCCAGAGUUGCUUGCCGAUGUCUAUAAAGGGAUAUUACUGGGGGGAGGGUCUGUGAGGUUCCUUGUUAAGACAGGAUUCAAGAACAUUACUUUCUUUGCUGAAUAAAUUUAUUCGAAGCCU